ACAAAUAAUUACCUGUCAAAUCAGUCAAAAUACUUUAUUUAUUCAUAUAUACCAAUUUAUAAAUACAAAAAAAAUAAGUUAAAUGUGCUAAAAUUAAGUAAAACAAAAACUGCAAAAGCAUCUGAAUUCUCACCUUAUUGUUACCAUAUCCACCUAGAGACUUUUCAUACUCUGUAUAACCUGCUACCAUGCCAGUCCGCAACUGCUGCACGGGCUGCCAGGGCCCGAUGUGCGGGCCGUGCUGCGGGCCCUGCUCCUACCGGCAGGAGUGCUCCGGCGUAGGCCCGUGGUGCCCGCACGGCAUCGGCAACUGCUGCGGGUGGGGCCCGCUCGGCUGCAUGCAUGGGGCGCGUGGUGGGGUGGCCGGCUCGUACUACAGCUGUGGUCACGGAUGUAUCGGCGGCUGUACCGGGGGGAUAUGCAGCUCGUGCUGCGGACCCAGCUGCAAUUAAGCCCUCGCCCAUAGGGGCACUAUAGUCCCAAGCACACCCUGUUGUGGAAGUCCCAAGAACAUCCUGUAGUGCGUUGGUCUGCGUUGCCUAUUUAUUUGCAUUGACGAAACAAGUGUCGUGUUUUUAAAAUGUGGUGGUUAACAUGUAAUGUGUGAUUCAGGUUGAAUAAAAAGAGUAUUGUUUAUA